AUGUCACGUCGUUCACGUAGUCGAAGUCGAACACGUUCACCUCCUUCAAGACCACGAGAUCGAGAAGAUCGUCGACGAAGAGAUGAUCGAGAUAGAAAAAAGGAUAGGAAGAAGAGAAGGUUUGUCCACAAAUUAUUGAUUUUUCCUAGAGAACAAAAAAGUGUUUUGCAGACAUCGCAGUCAUUCAUCUGAAGGUUCUAUUGCUGAAUCACAUCAACUUGGAAGUAUUCUGAAAGAAGAAAGAAGACGGCGUGAAAGAAGUAGAGAAAGAAACAGUACACCAAGAACAUUUGAACCGGAUGCAAGUAUUCCAUUUGAUAUAAACACGUUAAAUGAUUCAGCCAAAAAAUGGUUAGAAGAACGAAUAACAGAACAAGUCACUUCGCGAGUUGAUAAAUUGGAAACAUUAAUGGCUGAAAAAGCAACAGCUGCGCGAAAUGAAAUGGAGAAAAUGUUGAGAGCACAAAUUGAAACUGAAAUGGCUAAUGAAUUAGAAGAGUGUAAAAAACGAGAUGUAAGUUUUGUUAGUACUAUGAAGCAAAUAUGAAAUUCUUGAAUUUAGGAGCAAUCUAGAAAACGAUGUAAACAAUUAGAAUCGGAACUCGAGAAAAAAAUCAACGAAGCUGAAGAAAGUCGAAGACAAUAUGUAAGUUAUCUAAAAUUUCUAUCGAUGUUUAAUUUUUAUAUUGUUUCUUCCGAAAUCAAUAAUAAUAAAUCUUCUUUAAUUCGCUUACAGGUGUUAUAUUUAUUUUCUUUCAAUUUUAAUUUUUCCCAAACAAUCAAAACUCAAAAUUAAUUAUUUAAAAAGUUUUACAAAUCCGUGGAUUUCGACGACGACGAUUUUUUUGGAGAUGGACAAAUGUGAGGUAUUUCGAACCCAGAAAUUUAGGAUAGGAUAGAGUUUUUUAAAACAUCCAGAAUUUCCUAAAAUUAAUUUUUUUCAGGAAGAAAAUCGAUUGGCAAUGCUUGAUCAAAAAAGUCAACUUGAACGUGAAAGAGCCGAAUUGUUGAGAGAAAAAGAAGAAUUGAAAAAAUCGGAGCAACAAACAAUUAUUAAUAAAGGAGGAGUUGCUCGAGCACCGAUUAAAUUCAAAUUUGGAAAAUGA